GGGGAGGAGCCGGGCCGGGGGCAAGGCGGCGGGCUGGCUCCUCAGCAGUCCGCGGCUGCGGCGGCGGCGGCGACGGCGACAUGGAGAGCGGGGCCUACGGCGCGGCCAAGGCGGGCGGCUCCUUCGACCUGCGGCGCUUCCUGACGCAGCCGCAGGUGGUGGUGCGCGCCGUGUGUUUGGUCUUCGCCUUGAUCGUGUUCUCAUGCAUCUUCGGUGAGGGCUACAGCAACACCCACAUCUCCAAACAGCAGUACUGCGUGUUCAACCGCAACGAGGACGCGUGCCGGUUCGGCAGCGCCAUCGGGGUGCUGGCCUUCCUGGCCUCGGCCUUCUUCCUCGUGGUUGACGUCUAUUUCCCCCAGAUCAGCAACGCCACUGACCGCAAGUACCUGGUCAUCAGCGACCUGCUCUUCUCAGCUCUCUGGACCUUCCUGUGGUUUGUUGGCUUCUGCUUCCUUGCCAAUCAAUGGGCAGCCACCAAGCCGGAAUAUGUGCUGGUGGGAGCCGACUCAGCCCGGGCGGCCAUCACCUUCAGCUUCUUUUCUGUCUUCUCCUGGGGCGUGCUGGCCUCCUUGGCCUACCAGCGCUACAAGGCCGGAGUGGACGACUUCAUCCAGAACUACGUGGACCCCACUCUGGACCCCAGCACGGCCUAUGCCUCCUACCCAGGCGCGCCUGCGGACAGCUACCAGCAGCCGCCCUUCACCCAGAGCGCCGAGACCACAGAGGGCUACCAGCCGCCCCCCGUGUACUGAGCUGCAGCCGGGGAUGGUAAGGGGAGGAGGGAGGGCGCCUGGGGGGCCUCCCCUCUUCCCGGACUCCUCCCCCGAGGCUGGUCUCCCAGAGCUGCCGGCCCCUCUCGAUCCACCUGGCGCCUGUCCGAGCUGACACACCGCCUGGAGAGAGAGCCCCUGCCUCCUCGUCCUGGCUGCUGGCCUCAGAGCCUCGGCCUGUGCCCCACGGGGCUUCACCCACCACUCCUUGAGGGCAUUUUUUUAGGGAAGGGUUUUUGUUUAGACAGGUUUUGUCAUUGCUUUUAAUGAUCCCCAGCCCCGCCUGGAGUAGCUCCAAGGGUCCGACGUGCUGGUUUGACAAGUGCCUUAGCUUCUCCCCAGCCUGAAGGAGCCGGGCCACGUGCAGGCCUCGGUGGCCGCCGCCAUCUGGGGGUCUCUGCCAAAGAUGAGGCUGUGGGGCCUUCCCCCUGCUCUGCUGCUGGCGCUGGGCUGGGGCUCCUUUCCUCCUCACUCAGGUUCAUUCUGCCCCCAGCCCCCUGCCCUCUGCCUGCUCUGCGAGCGGCAGCCCAUGCUCACUGCUGAAGUGUCUGCUUGCUUGGAUCUGGGCUCACGACUCUGUGCCAGUGCCUCUGGGUCAUCUUCCUGACAGCCUAGGGGCAGGGCUGGUGCCGCGCCACCCCCCCCCCCCCCCCCCCCCCCCCCGGCAAGCAGCACUGUCUCUGCUCCCACCCCUUGGCCGCAGGAAGGGGCUUUGCCUGAUGACAACACCCAGCUUUAUGUAAACACCCCACCACUGUUAGCUGGGAGGUAUGGGGCACACCCACAGCCCACAGGCUGCUCUGAAUGUAUUGCAGAGCCUUGGGGGAAGAUGCACUGCACCCUUGGAUUCUGUUAGACUAAUUUUGGAGAUGGAAUAAAUGUUUUUCUCAUUCAUAAUCUCCAUUGUCAUGGGUGGGGCCUCUGUCUAGGGGUAGGAGGAAGAGAAAUCCCACCCUGAGGUACACCCUCUGGCCGUGGUCUUAGGAACCUGUAUUUUGAACAGAGUUGUGGCAGUCUGGCCCUCCAGCGUGCCUAGCAGCUCCCUGCCACACACCCCCACCGACCCAGGGUCUCAUUGCUCACGCUGCCCUCCAUCAGCAUCUUAAAAUAGCAACUGUGCUCAGCCUGUAAACAACAUGGCUUUUCUGGGCCGCCUUGCCAGGGUCCCGGCGUGCCCCUGGAGGGGCAGGGCCCUCUGCUUCCCGUAGACAGGGCUCAGCACCUCUGCAGCCUGUCCGGGACACACACGGGGCCGGCCUGAGCGCCCAGCCCGCCCCAGGGAACAAGCCCAGCGCAGGCAGGAGGCCAGGGCCCGCAAGGCAACUCGGGGCUUCCCCUUUUGAGCCCAGACAGGGAGCUGUCAAAAGUGGGCCCCAACAGUUUCAAAAUCCUGAGUAAAAACUAAUAGGGUUUGGGAAUUACUGUCUCACCACUGUACUGCACCUCUGUAACCUGGGACCAACCGCGAGCAAAGGGGAGGGAGAAGCUGGGGCGAGGGUGGGGAACCCGGACCCCAUCUGCACGGGGCACACCUACAGCCCAGGCUCACCCCACCCACACCCGACCUAGAGCACUCUUGCCUCCAUGUAAGCUGCCCACAGUGUAUUUUCUGAGGCACAGCAGAGCUGGUCUUCUUGGCUCCUGAACUGUCAAGUGUCUGUUUCACAAACAAAACCUGACCUCACAGCCCCAUCUGGCAGCACAGACCAAAGCUUCAUCUUUCCAACCUGGGUCCCAGGCUCCUUCAUCCACCCAUCUUGACCUGAAACCUGCCCAAACAGAAGAGCAGGCAAACAUUCCUCUCAGGACACGCUUCACGAUCAUUUGUCAGUUAAAAAGCGUUGUGGCUAAGAGAUCGGUAGUACUAGAAAAUGAUUUGAAAAGAAAUCCCCACACCUAAAUCAGGUCAGAGCUGUCUACAGUGAGACCAGGGGAAUCCCAGACAGUUAAAGAGAAAUACGCUUUCAUCAUCAACCAGUAAAUUUUAAUAUUAGUUAUUAAUUUCACACACUAAAAGAGAAAAAUCACAGCCCCUGCCUUGAAAGACAAGCCCCUGGGAUCUGAGCCCCAGCAGGGUGUCACCCACAUGGAAGAAGCUGUAAUUCUGGAGAAAAUGAUCGCCAGAGCAGGAAGGGCUUUCAGCCCAAAGGGAAGUAAGAGAGAACAACUCCAGCCAUCUUCAGAGGGGCCAGGGGCCUGUCCCAGGCAGGGGGACUAAAGUCUUUGCACGAGAGGAGGCUUGGUGCUGAGCCAGAGGUGCUGGUGCUCUGACUUCCCAGUGAGAACAGAAACUCAACAGCAAAAGCCACAAAGGCGAAAGCAGGCAGGAGCGCUGAUGUCACAGGAGCUUGCGCCUCCGGCCUCACCCCUUGGAGAGGGAGGGACUCAGGUCAGCAGUGGCCAGACCCCGCGCCGGCCUGGGGUGGAUUGUGAGUAGCCCGGAAGGGAACUGAGAGAAGCCGGUGGGCAGGCAAGGAGGGAAGUGUGAUGUGCAGACCACCGGCCCGUGGCCCUUGGCCGGGGAAAGGGCGCUGGUGAAACCUCACCCCCCAAGUCCUGCUUCCUCCUCCGAGAAGGCUAGGCAGCACGCAGGGGGCAGGCGUCCGCCAGGGGGCAGCAGCAGGCACGGGAGCAGGUGGCUGGUCCGCCCCCGUCCUGGGUGUGGGGCCUGUGCCUCAGUUGGCCGGGCUGCACUGCAGGAUCUGGUGAGGAGCAAAUAGCUUCCUGGCUCCCGGGGCCUCCCCGGGCUUUCCCAGCACCGGGUAGUUCUCUUUGUUCUCUUUGCUGUCCAGCCCGGCAGGCUGAACCGAAGCCUUCUUGAAGUAGCAGAGGCGGCACACGGAGUGGUACUUGUCUGCUCCUCCGAUCACCUCGACCUGGCCGUGGGACAUGAAGCGCCUGGACUGAGCGGGGACACAGCACCACCCCCUCCCCUCCACCCCUCGGAGAAGGCAGGAGGGGCCACCUCUUUCUCCACGCCCAGCCUCUUGGUGUAGGCGGCCUCUCGGAAGCACUCCAUGCACACCGCCGUCAGCUUCACCACACUCUCGGCCAGGGGCACCAGGUUCAGGAUGGUCCCGAACGCCUGUAUUCCCAUGGAAAGACUGGUGUGCGCUUACCUCACCGGGUGGGCUUUUCCUUGAAACCCUCUGAUUCACAACCCUGAAGCCAGGAGACUAGGCCCUGACCUUGCUUUCCCCCAGAGCACCAGCCCCCGCAGCAGGCGGCCUAGUCUGGGGCGAACCAGGGAGCUGGGUCUGGCUCGCCUGAGCGCCUGGGCUCUGGCACGGUCUGGUCAUCCAGGGCGCGGUGAGCUGUCCGUCUGUGCGCAGCCCAGGCCCCUUCCUCCCUCCUGGGUCCCGUCCCGAGACCUGGACCAGACGCCUUACCUUCCUCUGGAAGGUCCCAUCCAGUGCAGCCACAAUGACGGUCUUCCCGGCAUUGGCCAUGGUCUCGCUGAACUCCACGAUGUCGGGGAACUGGAAAGGGUGAGAAGAGGAGUGAGCUUCCGCCCUGGGCAGCAGCCUCCAGGAGCCACGACCACGUGGCCGGACCCAACAGCUCUGGCCACCCAGAUUGGCGUGGAGCGCGAGAAUAGGGUGGCCCCAGCCCCCCCACCCGGCACGCAGCCUGCACGUCCGCAGCAGCCCUAGUCGCUCCACCAUCCUGCCAGCUUUCCAUGGCAGAACCAGGCCAUGGCCUUAGAACCAGCAGAGAACCACUCCAGGCCAAGCGCCCGGAACUGUCACCAGAAGAGGCAGUAUGCUACCACAGUGGUCAAAAGCCCAGACCAGAGGCUGCCUUGGGCUUGAACCAUGGUCUUGGUUGGACCCAUUAGCUGUGACCUUGGCAAUGACUUUAUGUUUCUGAGCCCAAGUAAAGGCAAGGAAGGCCCUUGGUGGUGUUCAAGGAUUAAGGACCCUCGAAUAAUUUAUGACAUAUGCUAUUUGGCUGAGAGGGAGGCUCUGUGUGUUUGCCUUUUUUAAAAACAGUGUGCUGUGUGACGCCUUGAGAAGGGAUGAGGGUUCCACUGGCCACUUACAGAGCAGGAUGGCGCAGCCCACCCUUCUAAACACAGGGCCUGCACAAAGGUCGCUUACUUGGUAAGUCCAAUUUCAUUUCAGUGGCCCAGGGUGAGGCUGCUACUUCAAUUCUUUGGUGAACUUUCACUGGUCAGUCAUGUAUCUAGAUUGGUCUUUGGGUUGGGUGAAGUGGGGAGUUCUUGUGUUUGGGCAAAGGGUCUCUCUCCAAGCCGCUCAUGGAGGUGCAAAGUUACCAAGACCUGAGGGCUCAGCAAGACGAGGACCAGGAGAGGGGUUAGAAAACCUGGAUCAGUUCCAGCGGGAUUUACCAAAGGCAGAUCUGACGGCCUCUGCAGGGCUGCCGAGCCUGAGCUACGGAAACAGCACCUCCACCCAGAGGCUCCAGCCUGGCUGCAGGUGAGGCCCCUCUUCUCUAGAGGACUCAUCACAGGUCACAGAAAUGCAGCCCCCAGCCUGCAAGGAGCUGUCAGCCAGUGCCUUCCACCCCUACCCCCAUUGUCACCAACAAGAUGGUUUCCAGACAUUGCCAGAUAUCCCCCAGGUAGGGGCUGCGGGCAAAACCGCCCUGGGAUGAGCACCCCUUGCGUCUCACUCUCCCUGUCAAGCCCUCAUCAGGUGUGGGUCCUUCCACACCAGGGUUUGGGGACCUCUCGGGGUCCUCGGUCUUGCCCGCUGCAGCGAUGGCCACCAUCAGAGACUUCAGUUCUUCCACUUAAACUUUGUCCCCUGUUCACAUGCCACCCCGCCCCCACCCAAACACUGAACCCUGGGCCCCCAGCUGGGGUUCCUGAAUGAUCAAAGGUAAGGUCAGAGCUGCCCGCAACAUCCCAGAAUGCCCACUGGUAACCAACCACGUUACUGACGUUUGUUUUUAUUGCCAUUAAAUUUUUUAGGUUA